AAAAAGGGCCGUCCCCGAGCUUCACGCUUCAGCGGGAGUCGAGCAAGAAGAGGAUAAAGACUCUUACCGCUAGUUCCCUUAUUAGCGUUUACAUAAUUCCCGAAACGCAACUAGAAAUUCAAAGGAGAGCUAGUUUCUUUCCGAAAAUGGCACUUCUACGUGCCUCUAUUAUCUGCUGCUUGCUGGCAAGUAGCCUAGCUGCUAACACAAGGGACCAUGAAAGGCGGAAACGUAGCAGUGCGAAUAUCCUUCGUGCGCCAGACUUGAACGAUAUGACCGACUUCGGAGGAAACGGUGGUUUCGGGGGCUUCGGCGAUGUAUGCCCAGAGCCCCGUGCCCCAGGAAACGCCACGGUGAAAUGCGAGGACUCCUGGGACGGGAUGGAGAAGGUCUGCACCGCCACCUGUCGGCCAAACUACAUCUUCCCCUCCGGAGCCAAGGAGGAGACCCAGAGAUGUGAUCUCGGCUGGGGGUCGUGGUCAGGGGGUACCGGCACCUUCCAGGACUGCAAACCUAUUUGCAAUCCGUCCUGUAUGAAUGGUGGUGCCUGCAUCCUUCCGUUCACGUGCCGUUGCCAGGCAGGUUACCGUGGUAGCCGCUGUCAGUAUGCUGUGUCCAACUGUGUGAGGCCCGCCGCUCCACAGAACGGACAAAUCCAGUGUGCCGACGGUGUGACCGACACCAGGUGUCAGGUCAAGUGCCUCCCUGGCUACAAAUUUGAGGGCCCCGUAGAGUCUGAGUACGUGUGUCGCCCAGACGGCGUGUGGACCACAGGAAGCACCAUCCCCAACUGCAUAUUGGAUAACAAGUGCGUCCCCCUUCAGAAGCCGAGGAAUGGAGACAUUCAGUGCACAGUGGAGACCCAUGAGACACAUUGUUACCCCACCUGUAAUGCAGGGUACAGAUUUGAAUCUCCAACCAACAACAUGUACACCUGCAAAAACUCUGAGGGUGUGUGGACUCCAAACAAGGUGCCCGACUGUAUUCCAAAGGUGAAUGUGAUCAACACAAAGCCAGCCAUAACUAAUCCUCUCGUGCCAACAGGGAGCAAAACAAUUUCCGAACUCCCUCCACUGAAGCCUGGUGUGCCGCAUGGAGCCAACACCACUACCGCACCUUUGACGGCAAGGUUUACCAGUUUGAAGGACGCUGCACGUAUGUGCUUGCAAAAGACUGCGUAG